AUGGCUCUCGCUGCUGUCAAUACUGGUAAAGCUGUAAUGCAUACUCAACGUGGAUGGCGUAGUUUGAUCAAACCCUAUUUAUUAACUACAGUUGGAAUCGGUACGAGUGUGACUCUAGGUGAUUUUAUAUGUCAAUAUUUAGAAAGAAAUAAGAAAAUUAAAGACAAUGACUCUACUUCAAAAUCAUUUUCUUCCGUAUUACCAUGGUGGGAUAUGAAACGUUCGUUGGUUAUGUGUACUUCAGCUACAUUCGUAAUAGCACCUUGGAACUUUACACUUUCAAGAAUGAUUGAAAGACUAUUCCCAGGAAGACAAAACAUUCAAAUAGUAAAAAAGAUGUUAACCAAUACAUUAUUCGCACCUGUUGGUAUAUGUCUCGUGUUUAUAUCUGUUACUCUUCUCAAUGGUCGAUCUCUUCAAGAAGCAAAAGCAAAAAUAAAAAAUGAUAUGUUAAAAACUUUUGUAACUGGAACAUGUUAUUGGCCAUUUAUUUCAUUUAUUAAUUUUCGUUACAUACCAUUAGAUUAUCGACCAUUUGUUGGAAGUUUAGCUGGAGCUAUAUGGAAUAUUUAUAUAUCAUUUGUUGCUCAUAAUACCACAGUAGAAAAUUCAAAUAAUACUAGACAAAUAUCAACAGAGACAAAAACAAAGACAAAUUUUUUAUCUGAAACAAUUGAAAAGAUAAUAUUAGUCGUACGAAAAAUAUUAAAUACUUCAGAUCAUAAUAAAAAAGAUUUGUAA